AUGGAGGAAGUAAAGAAGCUGAAGGUCUUUCCAAGACAGACAGGCGUGUAUCUCAAGCCAUACGCAGCAGAUGGGGAGCAGCCAGAGAGGAGAGUCAGGGCAGAGGUCUGUGGGUUCAAGGCUCCGGAAACUGCUUACACACGGCAGUACAUCGAUAAGAAGUGUCCGUUUACAGGUGAUAUCAAUGUCCGAGGAAGGACUUUCAAGGGAAUUGUUAAGAAGAUGAAGGCUGAGAAAACCAUUGUUGUUGUUGUCAACUAUGUUCAUUACAGCAAGAAGUAUAAGAGAUAUUCAAGAAGACACACCAACUUCUCUGUUCACAUGUCUCCUUGCUUUGAAGGAAUGAUUAAUGUGGGAGACACUGUUAUCUGUGGAGAAACCAGGCCUCUUUCCAAGACAAAGUCGUCGGUGGUCUUGGGAUAUACCAAGAAAGCUACGCCUGGUUCGUUCAAGCUUCUUGAAAGCAUCUAA